AUGCAUUUGGCUUGUCAAAAAAAUUCGGAAACACCAAAACUCAGUGGUAAUGGCAGAUUAGGAUCUUUUCUGCCAUUACCACUGAAUUUUGAUGUUGCCAAAUUUUUUUGACAAGCCAAAUGCAUCAUCGCAAAAGAACAAUUUUUUUUAUUGCAUUUGGCUUGCCCAAAAAAAUUUUUGGAAACACCAAAACUCAGUGGUAAUGGCAGAUUAGGAUCUUUUGUCAAAAUUUUUUUUGGCAGACCAAGAAUGGCUCCUUAG